AGAAAAUGAAGAUAGAAAACACAGAACAACUUGAAAGGGCUAUUAGUUUGGUCAACGUGUGUCCCUUCACCAGGAAGGGAAGUGUUUACCCCUUUUUGUGUAUUUGGUCUAGAGGCUCAUAAUUCUAGCCUUGGCUUAUUAACUAGUGGAUAUAACUGCAAGCUCCAGACGGCUUGAACUAGAAAAUUCCUCAGGCCUUAAGACAAAACCCCCUCUAGGUAACACUAUCAUCAUCACAGCAACUCAACCUGAAAAGUGUGUUCCAUUCCCAGUUACUUUCUGAGGCAAUAUGGCUGAACCUCCCCCUCCUGUUGAGCUUCAACCACAAGCCAAAACUGUGCAGGAACUGGCGGCUACCAACAGGAACGAAGUCCCGGAAAGAUACAUCUGUAAAGGCGAUAAUGGUGGAGUCCUAGAUGAUUCUUUUCCCGUGUUGGACGUACCGACUAUCGAUUUUGGUCUCCUUGCAUCUUCAACUGCCGGAGGAGAAGAACUAGAGAAGCUUAGAUCAGCUCUCAGCUCCUGUGGUUGCAUCCAGGCAAUCAAUAAUGGAAUUACAAGUGCAUUUCUGGACGAAUUGAGAGAAGUUGCUCGGCAAUUCUUUGCUCUUCCAAUGGAAGAAAAGAAGAAAUACUCCAGAGAAAUUGGCAGCACUGAAGGGUACGGGAAUGACAUGAUUCUGUCUGAGCAUCAAACACUCGAUUGGACUGAUCGAUUGUAUCUUAUACUGAGCCCAGAAGAUAAACGAACGCUCAAAUUUUGGCCUGAAAAUCCUGAAGCUUUUAGGGGAAUUUUACAUGAAUAUUCGAUGAAAUUACAAGUAGUCGCUGAAGUCCUCUUAAAGGCAAUGGCAAGAUCACUGAACUUGGAGGAGAACUGCUUCUUGCACCAAUAUGGAGACCAAGCAACUCUGCAAGCAAGAUUCAACUUGUAUCCUAUAUGUCCAAGGCCUGAUCUAGUUCUUGGGGUCAAACCUCAUGCAGAUGGAUCAGCAAUCACCAUGCUAUUGCAAGACAAAGAAGUGGAAGGUCUUCAAAUCCUGAAGGAUGAUCAAUGGGUUAGCGUUCCAAUCAUUCCUCAAGCCCUUCUGAUCAAUGUAGGUGAUCAAGUCGAGAUAAUGAGUAAUGGGAUAUUCAAGAGCCCAUUACACAGAGUUGUGACAAACUCAGAACGAGAGAGGAUUACUCUGGCUGUUUUCUGCAUUCCACAUCCAGAUCAAGAGAUUGAACCAGUGGACGAACUCAUUACUGAGGCAAGGCCUAGAUCAUACAAGAAAGUUAAAGAUUAUGUCAGUAUCUACUUCCAAUAUUACCAGAAAGGAAGGAGACCUAUAGAAGCAGCACUACUUUGAUGUUCCUGACAAUUUUUUAUUUUUUUGGGUUGUACUCAGAAGUGGCACCCAAAGCAUUCAGAAUUGAACCCAGUUAUCAGUUAAACUUUAAGGAAAUAAACAACUUUAGCUUCUGAUAUUAA